AUGGUGUCCGUCGUCGAUGAUGCGCCGACGCGCACACAUACGCCCGUUGCCGGCGCCGACAACAACCCAGGUCCCGUCUCGAUGCCUGAGGCAUCAACUUUCACAACGUCAACCGAUGCCGAAGAAGACUCGCGACGCGCCGUGUUUGCCGAGCUCUAUCGCAAAACCGAAGCUCGUGUGGCUCUACUGUUUUCCGACGAUGGCGGCUACGACUUUGAUUCCAUCCGCGCACUGAUGCAACCGCCACGUCCGUCCGCUAACCGCCUCGACCAUCCCCAUCUUCCUCCGCCCACAACCGACCAUGCCCCAAUACACGAGCCACCACUGAAGAAAGCGAAGCGGGUCAUUGACGAAGACGACUACGGCGAUGAUGACGAUGAAGACGAGGCCGGCAACGACGGUGCCGACUCAAAAAAUGGUACCGGAAACGGUUCUGGGCCGACAUCUGGCAACGGGUCCGGGCCUCCACAACAGCUUCUUUCGCCAUCAAAGACCGGCAGCUCGCCCGUCCAUUCGGUUGGCUCUCCCGACAAGCAGUUUGGCGUGAAGCACGCAUUAUUACGAGACGAAGCCUUGGCAUUGAACGCCACAUCCUCAUCCCUCUCCCGCACACAAUCGCAAUCACAGCAACAGUCACACCAGAAACAAUCCCAAGUAAAAUCCUCGGAAGACGUCCGCAAGGAGCUCGAAGAAGCACGCAAUGCCACCGAGGAGGCUGCCCGGCGCAGUUUCUUCACCAUCUUCCACACCCUCGAGAACGACCGCACGGCGAUGUUGGAGCAACAGCAGCUAGAGGAAUCCGAGAAGCAAAUCCAAGCUGAGAUGGAGAAGAACGGCUCCAACGGUCCCAACGGUGCAGCUGGCCCCAACCAAGGAACUCUUAGCAGUGCCAACCUUGGCGCAUCCAGCUUGACGCUCAAGCACCUGAUUGCCCGCAUCGACUCGAAGCGCGACCAGGUCAAGGCCACUGACGCAGAACUGCGCUCGCUGAUCAACGAAGUGCGUAAGAACCGCAGCAAGUGGGCGAGUGAGGAAAAUGUUGGCCAAGAAGAGCUAUACGAGGCCCUGGACAAGGUGCUCAGCGAGCUGAAGGCGCACACCGAGUACUCCACUCCCUUUUUACAACGCGUCAACAAACGUGAGGCGCCCGACUACCACCUCUAUGUCAAGCAGCCAAUGGACCUCGGCACGAUGACAAAGAAACUCAAAGGCCUUCAGUUUAAGUCCAAAGCCGAGUUUGUUGCGGAUCUUAACUUGGUGUGGGACAAUUGCCUGAAGUACAACCGUGACGCUGGCCAUCCGCUGCGCCGCAUGGCGACAGGCAUGCGCAAGGAGGCCGAAAAGCUGAUUCCACUAAUCCCGGACCUGGUUAUUCGCUCGCGCGCCGAGGUUGAGGCCGAAGAACGGCGCAAGCAGAAUGGUGGCGACGACGAUGGCGGCGACGACAGCGACGACGAGCCGAUAAUGUCUUCACGUGGUCGCAAGACAGGAGCCAAGGGUGUCGCAAAUAAGUCGCGUGCUGGUGGUACAACAACUAUGAUGUCAUCGUCAACGGGUGCUGGUGGUGACCAAAAGGAGAGCACGCCAAGUGUUGACCAGAAGCCGGUCCUACAACUCAACGGUCUUCUUGCCAAAACAGGCCGCGAAGGCUCUGACUUUGGGGGUGCCGAUACUGGCAGCAAUGGCUUCUCUACACCCGUGGGCGCAGCUGCCGGUGGGACAGGAUCCCUGACACCGAGCGGGCUCAACGGACACCUGGGCAAUGUCGACGCGAUGGACAUCGAUGCCUCGUCAUCUGUUCACGGCAAUAAUGGUAUGGCGGCGCUCAAUCGCGCUCUCAACGAGGCGGCUGAGCAGACAUAUGAGGACGAAGCGUAUAAGAUCUGGAAGCAGGUCACUAAAAAGGACCGCGCCCUGAUCGCCAAACAGCGCUACGAACUCUUCCUUGGCAACAAACUCAAUGUCGAUGAGCCGGCGCUGUUGCGCAACAAGGCGGGCAUGCGCUGGUAUCUCAAGGGCGCCAAGCAAGCAGAGGCCCUCGGCAUCCUUGGCCCUGCAUCUCAUCACCAGACAGAAGACACUGGCAAGGAAGCGCAUGUUGCGUCCUCUUCCAAAGCAGCAGAAACUACUCUCGCCGAGAUGGAAGAUGAUGUUGAGAAAGUUGUCCCCGACUACUACGAACCCGAGAGCAUCGUGCCUGAUAUCCCGUUACGUUUGCAGUGGGUUGUCGACGACGAGGGCCAGGUCGUGAACCAAAAUGAAGAGUUCUUGCGUCUUGUUCCUGCAGGCCACUUCGUGUCGCCGACGAGCAAAUUGACUAAGCGCAUGGAGUCCAACAUGCGCCAGAUUCAAGAAACACGGAAGAUCUGCUCGAAGAUCGGUGUCGUGAAGCAAAUGCAAAUUCAGACACAGCGCUAUGACCCUGAGCCAUUUCAUGAGGCUGAUAUCGAGCCGCAAUUCAUCAGCGGCGAUGGGCCGUUUAUCGCCGGCGAGGCGUCCCGCGCAGCAAUGCAGCGGGCCGUUUCCAAGAUUUUCUUUCACGCAGGCUUCGAGGAGCUGCAGCCAUCCGCAAUGGACGCCAUGACGGACAUUGCAGCCGAUUACUUUACGAAGCUCUGCCACACAUUUAACGUCUACAACGAAGCGGAGAAGAAAGAGGCGGUGGGUGUGUGGGCGGAGCGGGGCAACCGUUUCCAGCCACGGUAUAGCCCAGAAGAGGUCGUCUUGCAUACGCUAUACGAGAACGGCCACGACAUCGACUCCCUCGAUUCGUACGCACGAGAGGAGGUUGAGCGCCUCGGCACCAAGCUCAGCGGCAUCCAUGACCGUAUGAAGAUGCACCUCAGUGACCUGCUGCGCCCCGCCUUACAGGAUGGUGGUACCGAGGCAUUCCAGGACGGCAGCGACCAGUUUGUUGGCGGCGACUUUGCCGAAGAGCUUGGCGAGGACUUCUUCGGGUUCAAGGCCUUAGGCCUGGACCGCGAAUUUGGCCUUGAUAUCAUGAGUGUUCCCCUUCAUCUACUACAGAGCCGUGUGCGCAACCAGCACACCGUGGACGCGCCGACAGGAGUCUCCUCGGAGCUUCUAUUCGAGGACCUGAAGCCCCUCGACGCCGUCACUACGACCGGCAUAACCGAGGAAAUCGGACUUGUAAAGAAUUUCUUCCUCGCAAAGCUUCACGCCAAUAAUGACCAGGCUCUUGUCGAGGACGAGGAUCUUCCUGUCAAGCAACGUCGCCCACGGCCACGCCUCGGCGCCACAGGCAAGAUCGUAUCUCCGCAAAAGCGACCGCCCAAGGAGCAAAUUGCCAUGGCGAAGCGAAAGAAGCGGGAGCAGGCGGCGGCGGCGGCUGCAAAGGCAGCCGCCGAGGAAGCCCCAGGUGGUGCUGGAGGUCAGAGCCAAGCUGCGGCCGGUGCCACGGCGGCCUCCGAAAAAGGCACGCCAGUCAAGAAGCUCAAGACGGGCCAAACGACGAGCGUUCCUGUGCCGAACCUCAACUACGGUGCAAGCAAAACAGGAAGUGGUGCGCUAGGAUCCAACCUUACGAAUGGUGUUGUUGGCGAUGGGGAGAAUGCCGGCAGCCAAGGCAGCCCUGGCGCCGACGAAAAAGACGACGCAGGAGGUCUCAUGAGCCCGGAAAGCAUCCACUAA